ACUCUGGAAAUGACAGUUGGUGAAAAUAUGACUUUAAAUUGUAACGCUAAAGGAAACCCUCCACCAUCAUACCACUGGGAAUUCCCAAAAUUCACAAAAGAAUGGCAUGACAACAAAGAAGUGAUUGAGCCAAUUCUAACCCUACCGUUUGAGCUUCCAGGGGUCUAUACAUGCACAGCCUAUAGUAAACAGGGCAAUGUGACCAAAUAUUUCAAUAUCAGCGAAGCUCCAAGGUCUCGAACAACCUUUGGAGUCAUAGUGGGAGUGGGUGUGGCUGUCGGAGUUUUGCUCCUCAUUGCUGGUGCAUAUUUUGUGACACCUAAUGGAACGUUCUCUUUCAACAAAGACGGCUAUCAACCAGGAACUCCCUCAGGACCAGUAUAAGGCAGACUUUUUUUUAAAUUCAGAUUUGCAUGGCUAUUAUUUUAAUUUUUGUUAACGAUUUUAUUUGGUGCUUGGACCCAAAAAUUCUGUAACAUGUCUUUUAAUGGACAAAGGACAUGUCUGCUCUGCAUGCUCUGUGGGUGUUCUUCUGCUCAAAGCUGUAGCUUUAAAAAUGCAUUAUCUUGUCAACUAUCUCUAAAGCUCCACUAAUCAAGAUUGCUGCCCUAACAAACAUAUAUAAUACAGGAAAUGCGUUUAAAUGCACUGCAGUAACCUUUACAAGUCUGUGUAUAAAAAUGCAACAGAUAAAUAAUUAGAUUUCAUCCCCACUACAGUCUUAUUUUGGAAGCAUGAUGUGCUUGCUGGCCUUAUUUGGAAAUCUUUACUACACAAAUGCUUCCUGUUUCAGUUUUAAUCAGGCUAAUUCGAACCUUCUUGCAUAUGGAUGUGAUGUUUUCCUCUCUCCUGCACAUUUGCACAAGUCUGUAGCUGAUGUCGAGAUGGCUACUUGAGUGCACAUAAACUCAUUUAAUGAAUCAAGCUGAUGUUGGACUCAGGGGAAUUAACACCUAACAGGCGCUCUUUUUCUAGCUCAUCAUUUUGGUUUUAUGGCUUUCACACAUACUGUAUGGUUUGUUCUGUGCUGAUUAUCAGCUUCGUGCUGCAGCAAAGCUCCGAUGAAGCCACUAUAUCCUGUCCAUGCAAAACUACAAAUGAAGACAAAGGUCGUGAAGAAGAGCCUCACAUGUGUCAGAGGAAUUAAACAGAGCAUAUAUUUUGGACACAAUUGCUGUAAUACGUUGAUACAGCUAUAUAUGGUCAGAGUGGAUUUCUCAGCUUUUUGUGCGGUUGUGCUUUUGGGUUAUGUUUCUCAUCUAGUAAUUGUGUUAAAAAAUACUGUUUUUAUUGUUCAUAUGACUUGAUAAUUGGGUACUAUUUAACAGCAAUUGUUGCCUCAUCUGAAUUGUGGACCUCUUGUGUGUCUUUAAAAAAAUAACAAUUCAUCAAGAAGUACAUUAAAUAUUUGCAUAAAACUCAUUUUUUAAGGAAAAAUUAGCAAUUCUAUGUCAGCAUUUUAUAUAUUCAUUUUGUUUCUACUCACCUAAACAUGUAAAUGCUUUGGAGGUACUUUUUAUGGAAUUACUUGAGAGCACAAUGUAGUAAUUACUUUUUUUAAGUAUUCAUUUUGGGAUAUGCAUAAAUUAUUCAUAUUUCUUUCUCCUUUUUUGUAAAAUUUGAUUUCUGUAUGCACUGGUACGUCUUUCGGAUCGCUUCAUAAUUUUUGCACUGAAUAGACUGAGAGUUUAUCAAGUAUUGCGCCAACUUUUCUCAUGACACAACAGUUGUUUUACUGAGUCUGCAUUUUACCAGAGUUUGUCUAAUUGUACCAGUGACAUGUUUUUAAGAAACUACAUGUGUGUGAUUGUAAAUCCUGAAUUAAACAAUUCAGGAGACGAGGCAAAGUCAAACCAGUUUGAUUUCUCACUCUCUGUCUUUGAGUCUGGCUACAUUUUACAAUGUUCACUCUGCCAUACUAAUUAGUUCUUAAAAAAGUGAAUGUAAAGAAGAUCAUUUGUGAUCCAGACUACUGUUGCCAAUAUAAACAUAUUUCUUAUGAAACCAUGUUUUUUUUCCUUCUCUGUCACUGUUCAAAUACUGUUUCUGUAUGCUCUGUGUUGCCCUAACAACCUGGCACAGCCACCAGUGCUCAAUUAGUCAUGGACUUAAAGGAAAAAAAAACAAGAUUUUUCAAAUGAGCAAACGUACAACAUUAACGUGUUUCGAUAGAGAACUUUUAGAGGGAAGAGCAUAUUCAAAGCUGCAAGUGAACUGAGCUCAUACUGCAAUGUGUAAGUUGAGAUUCCCAGCUGUGAUGUCCAUAAAUACACCAUAAAGCGUUCGAUUACUCGCUCCCUUGCACUGCAGUUGUGGUCAAAGCUGAUAGGCUGCGUAGCAUUCUGGUCACAGUUGGGAGUCUUACAAGCUACAUCCUGCACAAGACCAGCACUGCUGCCUGCUGGGAUUUCACAAAGCAUGGAGGUCAGGAGCAAUAGGAGGCAAGCAUGCAAGACGAAGGGAAAACAAGCGUUUCUUCACAGAGAGUGACACUGAAAGGAAAGAGAAAAUGUGGGUCAGGCUGAUAUGCUUUCACCUCUGUGUUCUAGGAGACUCACAUGACUCAAAAAUUAAGGAAUGAAAGUUUGGUGUUUACAUUUUAUUCUACUCAGAUUUCAAGCUGGAUGUUGGAAAAUGGGGGUAGGGGGUGGAGGAACUAGACAGAUGUAUUCACCCUAUAUUAGUGGCAUUUUAGUUCUGCAUAUACUUCGAUGUCUCUGCAGGCUUUUAAUAUCCUGCAUACUUGCUUCUAAGAUUACUGCAGUGCAGUAAGUGUUAUGCUGUUUUUCAGAGGCCUGCAACCUGUUACAUUUCCCUCUUUCCCUUUCACCCCCUCCAUCGCCCCCCAAGUCAGCUGGGAGGGAACUUUUGUUCCAACAUAAUUCCCUGCAGGGUUGCCAAGGUCUUUCAAGUUGGAGUUCUCUUUCUCUAGCCUGUUAAUCCACAGCUCGGUGCAGAAAAUAACAUGGGAAACAACUUUCUCACAUGGAUUCUUUUGCUUUGCACAUUUUGUUCAGUGUCAGGUGAAGGCUGCUCCCUAAUCCUCAAGCCGUCCAGGGUCGUGGUGGGCUUUGGGGAGUCAGUGUCUGUCAGCUGCGAGGCUGCGCGCCCUGUCCGUGUCCUGGGCUGGGAGUCAGCCAUCAGUGCUUCACACACACAAGAGGACCGGUCUGUCCAGUGGAAGGUAGACAGUCUCAUUGACUGGAUAGAGGAGCCCAUCUGUUAUGGGGUGUUUUUCACAGCUCCGAAACAAUGCGAGGAGAAGCUCAACCUCGUGCUCUACAAAACUCCAGACAGUGUCUCCAUCAGACAGGUGAACCACACCGGCCCCAUGGUGGCAGGGAAAGAGUACCAGCUGCUCUGCGAAGUUCAGAAUAUUGCUCCCGUUCAGUAUCUCAGCCUGAGGUGGUACAGAGGGCAGACUGAGGUUUAUAACCACUCCUUCUCUGAUCUCACCUCUUCCUCACCUGUCCAAGUAUCCUCUAUCCUUGUUAUCACACCAACUAAAGCUGAGAAUGGAGUGCAGUAUAAGUGUGUUGCAGAGCUGGAGCUUGGGCCAGAGGGACCACAGCCACCUCCCACUGUUACCUCAGAACCUCUCAAUGCUUCUGUUUAUUUUCCCCCGACAUUCCUGAGUCCUGAACCAGAGAUUUUGGAUUCUAUACUGGGGGGUGAGAUCAUAUUAAACUGCACUGCAACAGGAAACCCCACCCCAAUAUACAGCUGGCAAUCCUCCGUUCCCAUGCAGGAGAGGGUGGAGAAUGAAGCAACUGUUACCUCCUCCUCGCUGCUCCCAGGGACCUACACCUGCACUGCAUCCAAUACACUGGAAAAGAAAAGCAAGCAGUUCAUUGUCAAGGCAAAGACCAAAGGCGUUUGAAACAACCACUGUGGAGAGGGGGUUGGACGACCACAUCAGAAACACAGCGAGAAGUUUAUCUUUUUUACAGUUUUUAUUUCUGGUGUUUUUGUUUUUUUACUUUCACAUUUGCUACUCUGGCGAUGGAGGUGCAUAUUUAUGAGACGAUCUUCUUAUCAUCCAGAAUUAGUUCACACAGAGAAACAGACCUGAAUAUGCUGUGCUUGGUAAUUACCAUUUAAUUUGUCAGUGUUGUUUUAGGAUGUAGUUCACAUUUUAUGAGACAUUCUGUGUCUAAUUUGUAUUUGGAUAGGCCCUUUUUUCCUAUUAAUGAAACUAUCUUGUAACACUACAGAAGUGUAGCUACUCAUCAUAGCAGUAUGACUAGCACCAGGACAUGGCUGUAAAUAUGACGUCUUUGUUUUCUCAUCUUUAUCAAUACAAGUUUAAUAAAUGAAUUGUAAUAAACUUCUUUCAUGGACCAACAA